AUGGAGGUAUACAUCGACAACAUGCUCGUCAAGUCACUGAUAGCCGAACAACACCCCGACCACCUCAACCAAGCAUUCACCGUCCCCAGGAAGUACAACAUGAAGCUAAAUCCUGCCAAGUGCUCAUUUAGGGUCUCUUCAGGUAAGUUCUUGGGCUACAUGGUGACUCAGCGAGGGAUAGAAGCCAACCCCAACCAAAUCAGAGCAAUCCUUAGCAUACCGUCUCUGACUUGUAUCAAAAACGUCCAGCACCUGGCAGAACGAGUGGCCGCCUUGAGCUGCUUCAUCUCCAGAUCAACCGACAAGUGUCAUCUCUUCUUCCAUGCUCUCAAGAAGACUAAGAAGUUCCAGUGGAUAGCCUCCUGCGAAGAAGCCUUGCAACAGCUGAAAAGGUACCUGACCUCCCCUCCGCUCCUCUCCAAACCUGUGGACGGGGAGAAGCUCUACUCUUACAUAGCGGUUUCAGAGACAGCCAUCUCAGCAAUACUUGUUCGGGAAGAAGAAACAAAGCAGUUGUCGGUCUACUAUAUACUGCACAAACCAAAGCUAUUAGGCCGACUCCUACAAUGGACAGUAGAGCUCAGUGAGUUUGACAUAUCAUACCAGCCUCGCAUAGCCGUCAAGUCCCUGGCGUUAGCUGACUUCAUUACUGAUUUCACCCCGACUACCACCACCCAAGCAAAGAGUGAGUUGUUAUGCAUGAACGACCGACCACCCUCCAAAUGGACUCUCUUAGUAGACGGCUCGAGUAACGUAAAUAGAAGCGGACUCGGAUUAGUACUGAUUAUGCCAGAAGGAGACAUGAUCCAGCGGGCAAUACAGUAUGGGUUCAAGUGCACGAACAACGAAGCCGAAUAUGAGGCCCUCAUAGCUAGACUUUCCUUAGCCAAAGAAAUUAGAGCAAAGAGACUAGAGGUGAAGUCUGAUUCCCAGCUCGUGGUCAAUCAACUGCAAGGCACGUAUCAAACACGCGACUCAAAGAUGACAUCCUACUUGAGCAUGGUCAAUGAGCUGCAGGCCCAAUUCGAUGAGUUCUCCAUUGUCCAAAUCCCCAGAGCAGAGAACUCCUACGCUGAUGCCCUUGACAACCUCAACUCAGACCUCAAAUGUUCUUCCCAGUCAUUUAUCCCUCUAUUAUUCAUGUAG